UAUUCUUGAUGAUGGUUGCUUAGUACAUCAGAUGAGUCGAACUCUACAAUCUACUAGUAUAUCAGAAGGUGGUGGUUUUGAUUAUGAUCAGAAUUGGGUGUGUGCUAUGUGCAGUAUUCCCUCCAUACAGUCACGUCAUGUGGGUAUAGCUAGACUAUCAAUACCAGCUAAUCUGGGCAACACAUCACAAGAAGUUCAUUUUGUUAUUGUUAUUCUUACUCCUACCAAAGAGAAAGGCACUAAGAAUGAACUGGAAACAGGAAGAACAUUUGCUACCUUGUUUUCUGAUGCUGAUUUCCGAUUGCGUCUGCUUGAGGCCAAUAAUGAAGACCAAUUUAAAAAACUAUUAGAACAACAAACUCAUGAUUUAUCUGAAAGACAGAGAAAAUCAGAUGAACAAAUUCCUGUAUUUGACGAUGAAGAAGUUCCAAAAAUGAAAUGUGGUUUUAUGAAAGGAAUAAGAGGUGACCUGAAAAGACGUCUUCCAUAUUAUUGGUCUGAUUACAAAGAUGGUAUUGUUGGACCGAAGAGUAUUCAGAAGACCAUAUCUACAACGUUAUUUUUGUACUUUGCCUGUGUCUUGCCAUGUAUUGCCUUUGGUGUUCUCAAUGCCUACAAUACUCAUAAUAUUUUAACUGUUGAAAAGGUGUUAUAUGCUCAGACAUUUGGUGGUUUAGUAUUUGCUAUAUUUGGUGGAACACCACAGAUUGUAUUAUUAACUACUGCACCUCUAGCUUUAUAUACUAAAAUUAUAUAUAGUAUCUGUGAAGAUUUUGACAUCAAUUUUCAAGCCAUGUUCACAUGUGUAGGAUUGUGGAACUCUUUCUUCCUUAUUGUAUACUCAUUCUUUGAUUUAAGUGUCCUGAUGCAGUUUUCAACUAGGUCAUCAGAGGAAAUAUUUGCUAUCUUUAUAUCAAUAGCGUUUGCGGUUGAUGCCUUUAAGAAUACAGCCUUAAAUUUUGAACAAUAUUAUUAUAUACCAGCAUGUGAUAAAGCUGUUGAAGUUGUUAAUAAUACAAUUACUGUUACUAUGGCUUCUACUACCGUUGCUAAUGUAAAUGCUACAGUACCAAAUAUUACCAGUACCAUGGAACCAAUGGUGGAAGAGUGUGGUAGAGAUAUUAGUAUGCUGUAUUUAUUGUUGUUAUUUGGUACUUUAUGGGUUGGUGUAGCCCUAUUUAAUUUUACAAAAACUCCAUAUUUAAACAGUGCUAAAAGAGAAUUAUUAGCUGAUUAUUCAUUACCUGUAUCUGUAGUGAUUAUGUCAUUCUUUGGUGCUUAUGUUUUUAGACAAGUUAACAUGGGUAAAGCUUUUGAUGCAGCAAGACAGGCUAACAUAUUUCAGUUGAUAGAUAUGUCAUCACUUUCAGUUGGUGCCAUAUUUGGUGCUAUGGGUCUUGGAUUCUGCUUGUCAUUACUUUUCUUCAUGGAUCAAAAUAUCUCGGCUGCAUUGGUCAAUGCUCCUCAAAACAAGAUGAAGAAAGGUACUGCUUAUCAUUGGGAUUUAUUAAUAAUAGCUGCAGUUAAUGCUUUACAUUCUAUUGUAUGUUUUCCCUGGGUACAUGCUGCCUUACCACAUUCACCAUUACAUGUUAGAGCUUUAGCUGAUGUAGAAGAACGGGUUGAUCAAGGACAUAUCUAUCAAAUUAUUUUGAGGGUUAGAGAGACGAGAUUAACUGCUAUAUUUUCACACAUAUUAAUAGGAUUUAGUUUAUUCUUUAUGAAUAUAUUAGCUUAUAUUCCUACACCUGUUUUGUACGGUCUCUUCCUGUAUGUGGCAGUUACCUCGUUAUAUGGUAAUCAAUUCUUUGAGAGAAUUGAACUAUUCUUUACCGAACAGGCAGCCUAUCCACCAAAUCAUUACAUUCGUCGAGUACCACAACGUAAAAUGCACAUCUUUACUCUGCUACAAUUACUACAGCUUCUUGUGUUGUGUGGAUUUGGGUUUUCACCAUAUCCUUAUCUAAAGAUGUUCUUCCCUGUCUUAAUCUUCUGCCUUAUACCCAUCAGACACAAACUCAUUCCAAAAAUAAUUGAUAGCAAAUACCUGAAGGCUAUGGAUGGACAUUAAAUAGAAAAGCUGGAACAAAUGGGAAGAAUUUUAUGAUGGAUUUAUUGUGAAUGAUUUGUGCUGAAAUAUGACUUUUACCUUAAGUUUUAACAGUGCUAAUGUGAAAUACAUAACUGUGUUUCUUUUAUUGUUCAUUUUAAUUGUUAUUUUAUUUUUAUUUUUCAUGACUGCCGUUAUACCUAAUUGCAGGGCAAGGAAUUAUAUGAUGGUUUUCAUUUACUUGGUAAAAUUAAACAUGUAAAUCUUGCCCAUUCAAAGUUGUCUAACAAAAUUUCUUAUAUAAUCUAAAUGGUCCUUUAAUUUUAUUCAAAAAAAACCAACAAACAACAUAAUACAAUUCAGGUGUUUAUUACAUUGUUAUACAUAAUUCACUGUAUAUAUUUGAUAUAUAAUUUUAUAUAAUAUAUACAUAUAUAUGUGAUAUUACUUAACAUAUUUUAAUGUUGAAGCUCCCCAAAAGAAAAUCACUUAGUUUACCGGUUGAAUUGACUCCAACUUUAUGAAUCUCUUAUUUGAAAUAAUGACACAUUGUUUGUGAUAGUUUACCCUAAAAUAUGCAUAAUAAAUCAAAUCAAUGAAUAUCUACAUCGAAAAUGCAUUUUUUAACAGGAGAUAUAAGAUUUAUUUCUUCAGUUAAUAUAAAAUAGGAAUUAUUAUAUAUAGAUGUAGUUGAUAUAUUUUGUUGUGUAAUAAUUACAUGUAUAACUAUUACUUUUAUCUAUAUGAGUAUAAUUUUAUUGCCAGAGCCAGAUUUGAAAUUCUAUGGUAUCAAAGAAUUUUUCAAUGUCUGAAGAGCUCAUUGCUCCAUAGGGCCUGGCAUUGCUGUGGCGAUUACAUGUCA